AUGUCUUCAGAAUACGAUCGUCGAGCCGCUGUUGUAGAGACUUUGAUGCCGGCCACAAAGCCAAUUUCCCAUCAUUCCUUUAUCUUCAUCCUCACUGUAUCUAUUACACCUCUUUCCAUAUCUCAUCCCACCCCCUCUCUCUCCUUUACUUUCUAUAUUACAUUCACGUACUGUUCUUUUCUCCAAUCUUGUCUCUUUACUUUUCUCUCUCUUCAUCUCUCGAUCUCUAUUCCCUAUUCUUCUAUCGUCGUCACUCCCAGUUCAUUCUUGUCUCCAACUCGCUUUCUUUCUUUCUUUCUUUCUUUCUUUCUUUCUUUCUUUCUUUCUUUCUUUGACUCAUUUCUACAUGUUCCUUUUUCUCCCUUCAUUCAUCUCCUCCCUUCCCCUUCUUUUCUCCUCUCACUCAUUUCCCCUCUCACUCUGUAUUUUGCAUACUUCCGUCACGCCAAUCCCAGCCCAUUAUUCUCUCACUCUUUCUUUUUUUUUUUUUUCCUUUUCCUCUUAUCUUUCCUUUCCAUCGCUUACUCUCUGUUCCCUCCCCGCGUUACAUUCUCCAUAUUUCUCUCACUGUCCCUUCUAUUCCCCUCUCAUUCUCUCUCUCUCUCUCUCAUUCUCACUCACGCCAGGCUCCUUGCCACGGGCCUUCUUUCUUUCUUUUCUUUUUCUUUCUUUCAGAAAUAUUUAUAUAACGCUUUCUUUCUUUCUUUUUUCUUUCUUUUUCUUUCUUUCUUUCUUUCUUUGCAUUCGCCUUCUUUCUUUCUUCCUUUCUUUUUUUCUGAAAUAUUUGUUAACGCUUUCUUUUUUCUUUCUUUGCAUAACGUCUUCUUUCUUUCUUUCUUUCUUUCUUUCUUUCUUUCUUUCUUUCUUUACAUAACGCCUUUUUCUUUCUUUUUUCUUUCUCUUUCUUUUUUGAAUAACGCCUUUUGUUUCUUUCUUUCUUUCUUUGCAUUCGCCUUCUUUCUUUCUUUCUUUUAUCUUUUUUUGCAUAACGUCUUCUUUCUUUCUUUCUUUCUUUCUUUCUUUCUUUCUGUCUGUCUGUCUUUACAUAACGCCUUUUUCUUUCUUUUUUCUUUCUUUCUCUUUGUCUUUCUUUUUUUACAUAACGCCUUUUCUUUCUUUCUUUGUAUUCGCUUUCUUUCUUUCUGUCUGUCUUUACAUAACGCCUUUUUCUUUCUUUUUUCUUUCUUUCUCUUUCUUUUUUGCAUAACGCCUUUUCUUUCUUUCUUUCUUUCUUUCUUUCUUUCUUUCUUUCUGAAAUAUUUGUUAAUGCUUUCUUUUUUCUUUUUUUUGCAUAACGUCUUCUUUCUUUCUUUCUGUCUGUCUUUACAUAACGCCUUUUUCUUUCUUUUUUCUUUCUUUCUCUUUCUUUUUUGCAUAACGCCUUUUCUUUCUUUCUUUCUUUCUUUCAUUCUUUCUUUCUUUCUUUCUUUCUGA